UUGCCAGGUACUGUCCAUUGUGACAAAGAUUGGGCGAAAAGCUUGAUAUUGCAGUAAGGAUUGGCCCAAGGAGAAAGAGGCUGACUUUGACCGACUACGACGCCUGACAAGCGCUGCUCCCAGGGGCCCCGCAACGACAGCCGAGUCCGCGCCCGCAGUCAGCCAUUCAUUGUUUUGGCCAGCGAAGACAACCACACAGCAACCAUUCGAUACCCACAUCCUAUUCCUACCCGCAUGCGGCCAUAUUUCGACGCAGCCCUGAUGCACACAGUCCAGAAAAAUGGCGCCGCUUGAGCAGCAAUGGGUCAAGGUCCAGCAGAAAACAUUCACAAAGUGGCUGAACAGCAAAAUAAAGACUCGCCAGGUCGAGAUUCAAGACCUUAUUACAGACCUCGCUGACGGCAUUGUCCUUAUACACCUUCUUGAGAUCCUCAGCAAUGAAUCCCUCGGCCGCUAUGCCUCCCGGCCGAAGCUGCGGGUCCAGAAGUUUGAGAAUGUCAACAAGUCGCUGGAUUAUAUCCGGAGUAGGGGAAUUCAGAUGACCAAUAUUGGUGCAGAGGACGUCGUCGACGGAAAUAGCAAGAUCAUACUCGGGUUAAUAUGGACAUUGAUUCUACGCUUCACCAUUAGCGACAUCAACGAGGAGGGCCUGAGCGCCAAAGAGGGUCUCCUGUUGUGGUGCCAAAGGAAGACGGCCUGCUACGAUGAGAUCGAAGUGCGUGACUUCUCGACAAGCUGGAACGAUGGACUAGCAUUCUGCGCACUCCUCGACAUCCACCGCCCUGACCUGAUCGACUACGAUAGCCUCGACAAGAGCGACCACCGUGGAAACAUGCAACUUGCCUUCGACAUAGCCUCGAAAGAAAUCGGUAUUCCCGACCUCCUCGAUGUGGAGGACGUUUGCGACGUUGCGAAGCCCGACGAGCGCUCACUCAUGACCUACAUUGCCUACUGGUUCCAUGCUUUCUCGCAGAUGGAGCGUGUGGAGAACGCCGGCCGACGAGUGGAGAAGUUUGUGAACAACAUGCAAGGAGCAUGGCAGAUGCAGAAUGACUUCGAGCGGCGCAUGCGCGAGCUGCUCGGCCAGGUUGCGAAGCAGCGGACAGAGUGGGUGGAGGCCAGGUUUGACGGAUCAUACACAGAUGCUAGGAACCAGUCAACAGAGUUCACAGCAUGGAAGCGAAAGAGCAAGCGGACAUGGGUAGCGGAAAAGUCAGACUUGGUGGGACUGUUGGGCAACAUCAGGACAAAGCUGGCCACAUAUCGUCUCCGGCCAUACGAUCCUCCUGCAGAACUAAGUCUAGAGGCACUGGAUGCAGCAUGGACCGGCUUGAUGAAAGCUGAGCGACAACGCUCUCAAGUCAUCAACGAAACAAUCCGAGAUAUCAAGAAUGCACUGAGGAAAUCCUUCGCCGACAAAGCGAACGACUUUGCCCUAGCUCUCAAUACGCUGUCUACCUCGAUAUCUGCUCUGGAAGGUGAAGUCGAAGACCAACUGGAGCACACAAAGGAGAUUAGCAAGUCGCUUUCUCCCCUAGACGAAUACCUCAAUCUCAUUGCUUCCAUCGACGAACAGUGCGCCGAGGCAAACAUCGAAGAGAAUGAUUUCACCACAUACACAUACGAUGAACUGGAGUACGAACUCGGCCUGGUGCGAAACUCUGUGUCGAAGAAGCUUGCUUUCCUUGAAAACCAGAUGGUGGCACGCAACAUGACAAAUCUUACACCUAUACAACUGGAAGAGUUUGAGUCGGUAUUCAGGCACUUUGAUCGCGACCUGUCAAAUUCAUUGGCAGAAUUGGAGUUUUCUGCGGCAUUAGCAAGUCUGGGUCUAGUCUAUGACGAAGAAGAGAUGCAUCAGCGAUUCCGCGAGACCAGCGGCGGCAAGGAUUACGUCACCUUCGAGCAGUUCAUCCGCUUUAUGGUCGACGAGACAGAAGAUCAGAACACGGCCGAGCAGGUUUUCGAAUCGUUCAAGGAAGUAGCCGAUGGUAAACCGUACGUUACAGAACUGGACCUGCGGCACUCUCUCGUUCCUGACGAAGUCAUCGAAGACCUCAUGUCCUCGAUGCCCGAACACAAGGGGCCUGACAUGCAAGAAGACCGCGACUUGGCAAAAUUCGACUACAUCACCUACAUGCAGCGGUACAUGGGCGCAGACCGCAGUACUGGAAACGGCCAGGUAAACGGCGAAUAGAAUUCGUUCAAUCCUUGGCCUCGGAACACGCUUACGCCGGCGUUUGUUUGAUAGCACCAGCUUUGACAGCAUUGAUGCAUUUGCAAGGCUGCAUUGAACGCCAGCUUCUUUUUUUCGUCUGCUUAGCGCGCUUUGAGUUUGGGUUACUUUUGCAUAGCGGGGUCCUCGGCGUCCCGUGUUGGAUAUACGCACCCUGACGACACGACGGAGGUCUGGUUUUGGAGUAGGGCCUUUGUUUUGUUCUUGGAUACCAAUGUAGCUAGAUUGCCACGAAAUACCCGCUCUUUUAAUCAAAUGCCAUGCCGUCUUGUGCGGUGCAUAUUCUUCUUCCC